AUGUCACCUGCUGGCAGCGUGGCCGCCGGGUCCGAUGUCGCCUUUGUUUCCGAUGCCGUCUUCCGAGACGACGAGGCAGGAGCACCAGGUGGGAAGGAGCGACAUGCUCAGCCUCAUGGGCUCUUUCUCCCUCGCCAGGCGCUGUUCAUUCAGCUCGUAGCCUUGGCCAGUUCAAUACAUACCACAUGCAUGCUGCCGCGCCUUUUUUCUGAAAAGUACCGGGUGCUCACGCUGUCCUGUCGAGGAAGCGACUGGAACCACCACGACAGCGACGCGCAUCAGAACACGGCUGCACGCCGCAACGGGGCUCCUCUCUGUCCUGUCAUGGGUGGCCAGGUAGGUACCUAUAGGUAG